GAUUGGUGGGGACGCAGGCAGGUGCCAAGGCGGGACGCGCUCUGCUUAUAGGGCUGCGUCUGCCCGUUGCGCCUCGUGGUUCCCUUCGGAGGCGCGGGGUGGGUCUUCCCAGCGUGUAAGCGCAGCCUCUGCCUGCUUUUGUGUGUCUUUUGGCAUUGGUUGUUGUGAAGAGUUACUGCCAUUACUACAGCUCUCGAAGUUUCAGACACGAGUUUCUAAAUGGUGUCCCGGGUGCCGGUAGCAUCCAGGUUCUCCAGCCCAGAUCCGCUCUUUGGUGAAGUUGCCCCUGAGAUCAUCGAGGACACGCUGAUCCACCUGGCCAUGGAGAACGAACAGCACCUCAGCAUGCUGCCGGACCCUGCGGGCUGCUUCAGGGAGGCACGCACUGUGGAAUUUAUAUUCCUUCUGUCCGAAAAAUGGCACCUGGACCAAUCAGCAAGGUAUCAAGCAGUAGAGCUACUUGAAAGGUUUAUGAUCAAGCAAGUAGAACAAAUCUGUACAUCCCCCCGACAGAAUGUUACAGGUGGUGAACAAGGCAGAAGCCAGAACUCUCUGCAGGAACAGAUCCAUGACACAUUUGUCCUACGACUGGUGUCGUGCAUUCAGCUUGCGAGCAAACUUUCCUUACACUAUAACGACAUAACGGCUGCUUACUUCCUGCAAAACCACUGCAUCAGAUGUGUGUACAACUACUAGACUUCUUCUAUCUUAAGAGAGAUACCAUCUAUGACACUUUACUGAACAUUGCCAUUGAGAAUUUGACACCAAGUGAACUGCAGAUGUAAGUGGCUUACAUUAAUUAAAACCUUACAAAAGUAUACUACUAUAAUUCCCAUUAUGCUGGUUCUUUUGGACAUCUGUUUUUAAAUAUCUUAUUUUGGGGGGCUUUCAACAUUGUUGAUGAAGCAUAAUAUACCAGUUCGAAACAACGUGCUUCACCACAUUUGCUUUAGGGGCAAGCUAGGAAAGUGUUUAACUUCAUCUUAAAAAUCCAGCUUUGGUACUGUUAAUUAACGUUAGUAGUAUCAGGCUUUAUUUGGACAGAACAACUAUACAAGCUAAAAUGUCUGUAGGCUGUACAAAGAUUACAGGUGUUCUUGAAGUAGCAUCAUUUUACACCAUUAGAUGCUUUUGCUUGUGCAGAGCAAAGUUCUUAAUAGUAAAGGAAGAUUUAAUGCUCUUGGCAGUUGGAAUCAUCAGCACAAGUGCCUUCAUGCUAAACCCUGAGCACUGGAAGAAGGUACAGUCAUUUCCAAACAAACUAGCUCUACAUGUGGGGAAAAAAGGGAAGGUUAUUUAUGUUUAAGCACAGCCAGAGGUUGGUAGACUACUGGGAGUGAGAUGAAAGUGACAUCCUUCGGUUUAUUAGCAGGCAGUGUGCAUGCUUUUAUAAGAUAGGUCUGGGGGCACAAAGUCAGCAGGAAGGCAUGUGCUGUGUUACCAUCAGCUUAUCCUCCUGCCUCAGCUUUUGCGCAGCUCAAACUCAGUGAGUCAGUUUCAUCGACAACUGGACAAUUUUCUGCCCAUUACUGAAUUACUACCAAUUACUGAAUAAUAAGCAGUGCAUAGCAGAAAGUAGCUUUUUCAUUUUAUUUCUUUAGUAGAGGCAAUUUGUUUAAAAAACAAACAAAAAAGAACAACAACAACAAAAAACCACCCCUUGCUCUGACAUACAGAAAGGUUUUGACUUUAGUCAAAAACACACAUGACUUGGGGUUUGUGGAGCAUUAUUCUUCUUCUUAGAUUUGGGGUAAAGCUAAGAAGUAGCUCUGUAAAUUAAUUUAUUUUAGGCACUGUAAAUAAGUAUCUUUUUUUCCCCUAAGGUUGUGGAGCAUUUAAACUGUAUUACUGGCAUUACUUCACAAAGUAUCUCAGAAUUUUCAUAUGCAGUACUGAAACACAUUAUUGGCAGUACCACUCCAAAACAGCACCACAGGAGGUAGAAGCAAAAUUCCAGAGAAUAGAAUUAUGCCUUUUAAAUAGAGUUAUCCUCUGGAUCUGUUAGUUUGUUAGUAGCAAACAGUUACUCUUUUGAUAGUAUUUCACCUCCUGUGAUACUAUACAGGGCACCCAAAUUGAUUUUCUUUUGAUUUUGAAUACCAUGUGUGUUCUGUAAUAUUUCAUAUGCUAUGUUUAAAUUAGAAAAGCUUGUUCUUCAGGCUAUGCGCUAGUGGCGUGAAGAGAGAUACACAGGAACAAAGCAGCGUUUAGCAGUAUCUUUUUCAGCUCUAAAAGCUUUUUUAAGAGCUGCAUUUAACUUACUGAAUAUGUUUCAUUUGAAAACUGUAAGGAGUCUUGAUUUGAAAAAGCAUUAAUGUGAAUGUUAUUCAGCUUCGUAAUCGGUAUUGCUACAAGUUAUUACAGACUGGGCUGUACUUUCUCGUGCUGCUGGUUUAAAAACUAAUUGUUGUUUCAGACAGCUUGCUGCAGCCAGGCUGCUUGUCACUGUGUUCCCUCUUUGCCAGUGGUCAGAGGCUUGUUUGCUCUUGCUUUUAGCAAGCCAGCUAGCUGAGCAGUGCUGCGGAAAGAAAAACUCACCUAUUUUGAAAGCUGCAUGCAGUUGUCAUGGCAGCAGGUACCUGUUCAGCGUAGCUGCAUAAAUGCUAAGGGAUGCUUAGGCUGUGACUAGUGUGUGCCAGAUGAAAGCACUCUCAGGGUAGAAUGGUGUGUUUUAUUAUUGGUGCACCUCUGUGCAAUAACAGGCUACAGCAAGUAUUACAAAUAGGUGAUAUCAUCGUAGCUAACAGUAUUUUACAGUUUCAAACCCUUGUAAAGUUCAGUGGCAAAAAGAAAUGUCAGUAUGACUUAGAAAAUAUUUUAUUUUAAGCGGUAGUUCGUGACCAAACAGACCUUCCAUGAGUUUUUUCCAUAUCUUUCCCCAUUAGAAUCAUUUCACUUUUCUAACCCCUAUGUUUCGUUAAGCUGUAACAGUAGUAUCAAACUCGCUGUCAUUUUGAAGUUUGACAGUAACUCAUAUACAUAUCUAUAAACACCCAAAAUACCAGUUUAAUGUCUGUUCAGUAGCUGAUUUUUUUUAAAUUCAGUUCAGCUCAAUUAUAUAACUUUGCAUAUUGCUUUUCUACAUACUACUCGUAAUAAUGUUUUUUUAUUUUUUAAAUAAAGUGUCUUGUGGAUUUUUGGUAUUGUAAA